UUAACAGACACGUGUAAGUUUUUUUUAUUCACCACACGAUUCCCAUGUAUCUCUUCUCUUCUCUCCCCCUUCCCAAUCCCUUCUUCACACUUAAAACCCCGAUUGUUGCAGAAUUGGAGUUGGGAGAGAGAAGCGGAAAGCUCGAGGAGGAGAGAAGAAGCAUCAAUGGUGACGGCGACGGACGAUAGCGACUCCUCCGGGAGAAUCAGAGUAGAUGAUGAUGAUGAUGAUGGUGCUGAGAGUCUAGUAGAGGGUUUGGAUGAGAAGUUGAAUCAUCUUAAAAUGAAGAUUCAAGGAGAAAGAGUUAGGUCGAUUCAAGAGAGAUUUGAGGUUAAUAAAAAUAAAGUGGAUGUUCUUCAUGUUACUAUUCCCUUUUCGUCUAACGGAGGGGAGGAUGAUAGCGAUGUGUUUUGUUCGAGGAUGGAGAAACCGUUAUGCAAGUUAACUGGGUUUCCUCAUGGGGUGGCAGAGAGAGACUAUGUUCCUACUAAGGAUGUUGUAUCGGGGAGUGUCAGGCUUCCUAAUGCUGAGAGGAUACCUCCAUACACUACCUGGAUAUUCUUGGACAGAAAUCAAAGAAUGGUUGAAGAUCAGUCUGUGGUUGGUCGGAGACAAAUCUACUAUGAUCAACAUGGUGGAGAGACGCUGAUAUGUAGCGAUAGCGAAGAAGAACCUGAACCUGAGGAAGAAAAACGUGAAUAUUCUGAGGGUGAAGACUGCAUUAUAUGGUUGAUUGGGCAGGAGUAUGGCAUGGGUGAGAAAGUGCAGGAUGCUCUCUCCCAGUUCCUCACCUUAGAUGCUUCGGAAAUUCUGGAAAGGUACAAUGAGCUAAAGCUGAAGAAUGAACAGAAUGCGGAGGCCUUCUCUGAUUCUGGAUUCAAGCUGGGGAUAUCUCUGGAAAAGGGCCUUAGUGCUGCUCUAGAUUCUUUUGAUAAUCUUUUUUGCCGCCGUUGCUUGGUGUUUGACUGUCGUCUGCAUGGAUGUUCUCAGCCUUUGAUUAGUGCUAGUGAAAAACAGCCUUAUUGGUCUGACUAUGAAGGUGAUAGGAACCCCUGCAGCAAAUAUUGUUACCUCCAGGCGGUCAGAGAAGUACCAGGAGGAAGCAGUAACUUUGCAUCUAAAACGGAGGAGAAAGCGUCAGAAGAAGGAUGCAGCAACGUUGUCUCCUUUGAUGACCCUCAUGAUGCUGGUGGUGGUGUGAAUCUGCCAGUAGAUUCAUCCUCUGGUAUAGAGCAAGACAACAAAAUUAGGGAAAAGCGUGAGGCUCCAAGACUAGAAGACUCCAGUGAUCUGCCUAAUUUAUCAAACAAGAAACAGAAGACUGCAGUCUCAGAUACAAAAAUGCCAUUUGUCAAUCCUAUAUCUAGACUAGAGGGUGAUCAAGGUGGAAAAUCUGAAACAAGUGAAGUAAAUAAAGACUCAGGAGCUAGCUUAAAGGAAUUAGCUGAGCAUAUUCCAGAUAAAACAGUCCAUGAUGGUGGUUUCUCAUCUUUUCAGCCAGAACAUGGCAGUGGAAAGGGGACAAUGAUUAUUGCAGAAAUGUCUGAGACAAGUCAACCAUCUACAGAGUGGAAGCCUAUUGAGAAGGAUCUUUACUUGAAGGGAGUCGAAAUGUUUGGGAGAAACAGCUGUCUUAUUGCAAGAAACCUGCUUUCUGGAUUGAAGACAUGCCUAGAUGUCUCCAGUUACAUGCGUGAAAACGAAGUUUCAGUCAUUCGGAGGUCUAGCACUCCAAAUUUGCUGUUGGAUGAUGGCAGGACUGACGCAGGGAAUGAGGAUGAUGAGGUGCCUCCAAGGACAAGACUGUUCCGAAGAAAAGGCAAAGCCCGGAAGCUGAAAUACUCCACAAAGUCUGCUGGUCAUCCAUCCGUCUGGAAAAGAAUAGCCGGCGGCAAAAACCAGUCAUGUAAGCAAUACACACCAUGUGGAUGCCUGUCAAUGUGCGGAAAGGACUGCCCUUGUCUAACUAAUGAAACUUGCUGCGAGAAAUACUGCGGGUGCUCGAAAAGUUGUAAAAACCGUUUCCGAGGAUGUCAUUGUGCAAAGAGUCAAUGCAGAAGCAGGCAGUGUCCCUGCUUUGCCGCUGGCAGAGAAUGCGAUCCAGAUGUUUGCAGAAAUUGCUGGGUUAGUUGUGGAGAUGGUUCUCUGGGAGAAGCACCAAGACGCGGAGAAGGCCAGUGUGGAAACAUGAGACUUCUCCUGAGGCAACAGCAGAGGGUAUACUAUCAUCAUCAUCAUCAUCCAUCUUCAAAAAGGGAUUUUAUAUUGUUGAUAAAAUCUAUUUUUUUUCAUGUGUUAUUUCACCAGAUCCUCUUGGGUAAGUCUGAUGUUGCUGGAUGGGGUGCGUUUCUAAAGAACUCGGUCAGCAAAAAUGAGUAUCUGGGAGAAUACACUGGUGAAUUGAUCUCACACCGUGAGGCAGAUAAGCGUGGGAAAAUAUAUGACCGUGCAAAUUCAUCCUUCCUCUUUGACUUGAAUGACCAGUUCGUCCUCGAUGCUCAACGUAAAGGAGACAAGCUGAAGUUUGCCAAUCACUCAGCAAAACCCAAUUGCUACGCGAAGGUGAUGUUUGUGGCGGGAGAUCACAGGGUGGGAAUAUUUGCAAACGAGCGAAUAGAAGCGAGUGAGGAGCUGUUCUAUGACUACAGAUAUGGACCAGACCAAGCACCAGCUUGGGCUCGCAAACCUGAAGGCUCCUCUAAGAAAGAUGAUUCAUCCAUUACUCAUCGUCGAGCCAGAAAGCACCAAUCUCAUUGAUUUUAGAGGUUAAAAAUGAAUUUAGAAUAAAAAGAAGAGAGGCUAAAUGUUAAAGAUCAUAUGUAAAAUAUGAUAUUGAAGUUAACCUUUUAUUUUCAAGUUGGAACUUUCAUCUAUUGUAUAGGGGAUUAUGAAUUAUUGGGGUCAUUAUGAAAAUGUUUUCCUUUAUUAGAAA